UACAAGAGGCGGGGUUUUCGCGAGUUAGGCGUGUGUUCCGGAUGUGUCAGACGUUCAGAGUUUGUUUUCACCGCAGAGUGUUGAGUUUCCUCCUCAGACAUGGACUUCGACUUAGCUUCAGCCAUUGAAAAGGACGGAGAGGUGAAGAAGGCUGAGGGUCAGCAAGUGGAAGGCAUCUUUGGAUUUGGAAAGAAAGACAAAUCCAAGGAAAAGAAGGGUGAACACAAGGAUAAAGACAAAUGUAAGGACAAGUGCAAGGACAAAGACAAGGAGCACAAGAAGCCCAAGGAGCACAAGAAGCCCAAGGAGCAUAAGAAGCCCAAAGAGCAUAAGAAGGGAGGCCACAGAUCGUCGUCCUCGUCCGACAGCGACAGUGAUUAGGCCUGAGAGCUGAGCUGAAGGACGAUCUGCACACACAUUUAAUAAUGUAGACCGUGUAUGUAUUUAUAAAUCAAGAGAAAACAAUAAAUACUGUCUGUGGUAACACA